CACUGCCUGGGGAAGCGGAUCCCGCCGCGCGAACCGGCCCGAUGGCGGAGAAGCGCGUGUCCCGCUGGUAUUUCGGGGGCCUGGCCUCAUGCGGCGCCGCCUGCUGCACCCACCCGCUGGACCUGCUCAAGGUGCAUCUGCAGACACAGCAGGAGGUGAAGAUGGGCAUGACAGGCAUGGCGCUGCGCGUCAUCCGCACUGAUGGCUUUCUGGCACUCUACAACGGGCUGAGUGCCUCGCUCUGCCGCCAGAUGACAUACUCCCUGACCCGCUUCGCCAUCUAUGAGACCGUGCGGGACCGCGUGAGCCAAGGCACCCAGGGACCUCUGCCCUUCUAUCAGAAGGUGCUGCUGGGUGCUAUGGGAGGUUUCACUGGUGGGUUUGUGGGGACCCCGGCAGACAUGGUGAAUGUCAGGAUGCAGAAUGACAUGAAGCAGCCGGCGCAUUUGAGGCGGAAUUACUCCCACGCCCUGGAUGGCAUGUACCGAGUGCUUCGUGAGGAGGGCUUGAAGAAGCUGUUCUCAGGUGCUACAAUGGCGUCGAGCCGAGGGGCCCUGGUCACUGUUGGACAGCUCUCCUGCUAUGACCAGGCCAAGCAGCUGGUUCUCACGACCGGGUUUCUCUCUGACAACAUCUUCACUCACUUCCUGGCCAGCUUCAUUGCUGGUGGAUGUGCCACAUUCCUCUGCCAGCCCAUGGACGUACUCAAGACCCGCCUGAUGAAUUCGCAGGGAGAGUACCGGGGUGUUGUCCACUGCGCAGUGGAGACCGCCAGGCUCGGACCUCUGGCCUUCUACAAGGGCUUCGUUCCUGCUGCCAUCCGCCUGGUGCCUCACACCGUCCUCACCUUCGUCUUCUUGGAGCAGCUGCGCAAGUACUUUGGAAUCAAAGUGCUGGCCUGAGGGGGGGAAGGGCCCUGUGCCUUCCAGACCCGGCUCCUCCCCGGGGAUGAGACCCAGCGAGACACCACUGAGGUCCCAGAAGGCCCCUCCCCAUCCUCCCUGCCUCCCACUAACCCAGCUGGGCCAAAGGACCCCACCCCUGGACUGGGCUCACGGUUGCCAUAGCAAUAGAGAUGGGUCCUCUCCUUCCUGCACCUUACAGGCCCCCGGGCGGGGCAUGCCCUGGGAGGCCAAGGCUCUUGGGAGCCGGUCCAUCCCCUGCUCUGUGACAGGCCCCGAGUCCCAGGGCGCCCUUGUUUACAGCAGAACCUGGCAGGUUCUUCAGCGACGGGGGCUCAAGUGGGACCGGCUCCCCCGGCCCUCAGGGCAGUGUUACCGGUGGCGGCUGGGGAGGGGAUCGCGGGCUUCCCCAGAGGAUCCCAUGGGUGGAGAAAGGAGACCCAGGCUCAGGGUGCUGGGGUGCUGAACCAGUUCUGUUUGGUCCCUGCCUCCAUCCCUGUGUGAUCUCUGCCCCUGUUGGGCUGAGGCAUCCCCCUCCCCUCCUUCCUGCAGGCCAUUGGCUUGCUGUCCACGGGUGCCCCCUCUUCUGGGAUGGGUCUAGCGCUGCCCCCGGUAAUACUCUCCCCAGUAGUCUGGCUCCCUCAGUCCUUCUCCUGCCGCCUCAUGCUUUAAAGAUCAGUUUGUUCAGCCAAAAUCUCCCAGACACCCAAAGGUUGUUGGGCUCUUCAGGGAUCUGUGCUUUGUACCAAUGAUGGAGAAAGGACCCUCCCCUGCUCAGCUGCCCCAGGCAGAGGGUGGAGCGCCGGCUAGGGGAGGGGAGAGGAAAGUCCUUCUCCCAUAUGUGCAGCCCAGCUCCUGUCCUGGGCCAGGCAGUGCCUGACCCGCUGUGUCUGCGGCUCUGCCUCAAACCCACCCGGGGCACACGAUGCCUCGGGCCAUGAUGGGGACUUGGCAGGAGUCACUUUGGAAAGUGUCUCAUGUAGAUGAAAAGUAGCUGUGGGAACCAGUCCAAACAGCACAUGCUGUCUGGCCUGCACCCGGUGGUCCGGACCGACAGACCGAUGGGUGUGAGCUCUGCAUGGCACAUGGGGGUUGGAGCAGUUCAGGAGAGAUCUGAGCUGUUAUCUGCACCCAGCGCUAACCCCGUGGUGGUGCAGCAAAGUGGGACCCCGACAUCCAGCACAUUCCAGCGGAGCUGCCUUCUCUGGCAGACCGGGCCUCCUGCUGGCAGCUUUGCUGGGCUGCUCUGUGCUGGCCCUGCUGGUUGAGGAUCUGCUGUAGUGUCUGUCUAAGGAUCAGAGUGAGUUGUGGGGGCUGCUCCAAGCCAGCGACGGAUCCUGCUUGUGUAGGGAGCAUUUGUAUCUCACGCCUGCUCUUUGCUGCUGCUGCUGCCCCCACGAGCCACCACUUCUGAAAUGCUGCUGCUGCUGCCCGCAAGUGGUCGGGCCUGGCAAUGAGCCAUGUGCCAGGUGUCAUUCCCGUGCCUGGUGCCCCUGGGAUCAAAGAACUGGAGCAUUUGUAACUGUGAUAAUAAACCAGUGGAACCGC